ACAGACUGUUCAAGAGCUCUACAGGCCAUAAUUGAUAGUCAAUUUGGCAGCGGAAAAACACUGUUCUUUCCCCCUGGAAGAUAUCUCAUCGCGUCUGAUGUCAUAAUUAAAAAAAGUCUACGCCUUCGUGGAUCCCGAGUUGGAAUAAGUCUCAUUGAGAAUGGAGCAUCAACUCGUGUUACAACAAUAGGCAAUACUCUGGCUAAAGCUGGUGGACAGAUUCACGUAUAUUCUUUGUUUUUCCACGGAGUCAACCUAAAAUUCGGACACAAAAAUCAUGCAAAACAUUGGAUCUUUGUAUCGCAUUGUGUCUUCUUCUCAAGAAAUAUUCCUGGGAAUAAACAAAAAAAACCCGUCACCUUAAUAAACGUCACCAAUCCAACAGACUUGUCUCACAGCGCAUUGGAGUUCUCAGUAUUUUUGAGCGAUGAAGACGCAUUUGGUGUUGCAACGAAUAUCCAAAAAUCAUACGGUAUUGCAAUAAGAAACAACAUCUAUGGUCUUGAUCUUAGUAAAAUAGAUUGGAUGGACAACAUCGUAUACUCCAAUUCCUACUGGAGAGAUUUAAAGCUAAAGCUGAUAUAUCUUAAGACAGCGUUGAGUCUUCGUGAUGACCAAGGUUACUUAAACUCUUCAAUAUACAGUGGCUUCUGCAACAACUCUGUAAUUGAAAAGAAUAUCUUUAAUGGCAGCCCAAAUUCAAAAUCACUGAAACAUGACCAUGUCGUGUACUUAAAAGGAUUUGAUGGUAUGAAAUUCCUGGAAAACUAUGCACGUGGCUGGCCCAGUGACUCCAGCGGAGGGAUCAAAGCAAGAAACGGCAAAAAUCUUGUCAUCGCCCGUAACUAUAUCGAUGAUACAGGCAUUCUCAUGUACACGCACAUUAUAGCCAAUCAGGGUGUAACUAUUUACAAGGGCCUAAAAAAUGUCUUAGUCUAUGGCAACCAUAUCGUGCAACGGACAAACCAGGGUCAUCCAAAAAGCGGUAUUUAUUACAGCAAGCCACAUUUCGCUGGUGUGGAUGAAAACGUCACGUAUUCUGCGAAUGUCUUUGAAAUUAUUGGUGGGCAAAGUCCGCCGACAGAGGAUUGUAUCUUCCUCACCAAUGGAAACCUGACAGAACACCACGUAUACGAAGAUAAUGUCUAUAAUGGUACAACACGGAAGGUGGGAAUUCACCAUCGCCAUUAUACACCAUCUUAUGAAACUGGGAACAUAUCAGCUACUCUAAUCGCACCAUACCAGAAUAUGCGACUGCCCAAGUAUAACAUACCGACUUAUACGCCUAGGAAUGUCGGGAAAUAAUUGUAACUUUGUUCUACAGGGCGUCUCAAAGAAAACAAAAAGUAGUGGGUAAUGAUAUUAUUAGAAUGUCAUAUUUUCAGAGGUCUUGUAUAUUCGUAUACAACUAAAUAUUUGUAAGGGGAAGGUUACAAUGAAUCAUCAAUGUCAUAUAAUGUAUUAGGAAGCCAGCAGAAAAUGAAAUGAACGUUUUGUACGCUCGUUAAACCUGAUAUCAAAAUUAAU